UUUUAAAAGCCGUCGAUAUGAGAGUGGAGUUAUUUUCGCGGGUGACUCACCGCCCCCGCCCUCGCCGCGGACUCGGAAUUGCGGGCGCACUUCCCGAAAGGGACCCGCGUUUCAAUUAAUUGCCGCCGUGCGAUAACCAAACGAGUCGAUUUUGUUUUCCGGGUUAAUUGGAGUCGGGUCUCUCGCGAUUAUUGGGACCGUAACCGCGGAGGCUGUGACGUGACGUGACGAGCGCGUAACCUCAAAGGUUUAACGAGAGCCGCCACUUUCUCAGUGUGCAGCUUCGAGUGUGUGACAGUGCCCGCGGACCCCCGUACGAUAAUUCGCCAUGGCGUUACUGCAAAGAGGUAUCGAUUUCCACACCCUUCCGAAACCAACGAAUUUGGCCAAUUCAGCCGUGCUAAAAAUGCUCCAAGAAGAAAACAGUCAAAACCGUAAAGGCUGCUUGCACAAAUAUUUCGCUUACGACGCAUUCAACGAACGAGACCUGAAGCGGCUGAGAAGAAAACCGAGUCAACACAUAAAAUGGUUACCCAAAAACCCUGCAACCCUUCAUGAAACCUUGACCUCUCACCAGUACUUGUGGACUUCUGUUGAUGCUGUUUCAACUCGGAAAGGACUGAAACAAGUGACUUGGCCGCCACCACCGAUCGAAACCUACUACUACCCUGAACAGACUCCAGAAGUCAACACACCUUCCUUUCAACAGAGUACAGACUCCUCCGCACAUGACAGGUCUGCAAACCAAAGGAUAGUUCCACAACCAACAGACUUCAAAAAAUCCAGUAACUUUGAACAACCACCUUCCACAAUCCAACUGAGGUCAUCAUUACCUGUUCGACAGGCACCAUCACCAGUGUUCUCAUCUCAACCAGCUACGGCAAGCAUUCAAGGCGGCGCAAGGAUGAGAGGUGAUACCAAAUGGCCACCAGAACCAUACAAACAACAGGCUGCUGCUGAGAAUGCCUUGAGAGAGGCAAUCGCAAAAGGACCUGCAUGUCGACCAAGAAAAGUCCAAAAAGAUUAUACGUCUUUCUUCGCACAACAUGCUCUUAAUAGCACAUACCCUGGCUACAGGGCACCUCCUGGGACGCAACACCAGCAUACGGAUGAAUCUAAUUUUUAACUUUACAAAUCAUUCAAUGAGCGUUGAUAACGAACUGUAAAUUAGCUUACCUGCCAUUCUGAUGAACGCCAACUUUGGAGAAAAAUGCUGCUUGAAAAGAUGUAAUAGAAGGAUAGUGGCUAAUGUCAGAUUCUAAGUUGGAAGUAGCAUGACCAUUGAUUCAUCAUUCGAGAGAUUCACUACUUAGAUGAUAAUCAUAACUAAAUUUACUUUAGCAAAAAAUCAAACCUCUGCCGAUAGUGCUCAACAGUCUGAAGUUUUGGGAAAUUUCGUUCGACAUAAAAUUCAAAAUUCACUCACUGAAAGUAACAAGUAACUAAAGUGAACUAAAAGAUCUGUAAACGCACGCUUUUGUUAUUUGCAUUGUUAUUGAUAGGUUAGAAUUUCGCGGCUCCCUGAUUGGCGAGAAUUUGGCGGGCUAUUGUUGAGGCGCGUAGAUCGGAUGAUUUUAAAAUGACGGAGGUACAUGCAAGCGAGCGUAAGCCAAGUUCCUCAUGCGGUAUGCUACUGGUGGUUAGUUGAUAAUUUUUCACUUUCACUCAAAAUAUGUACGUUCCUAGCUGUGUAUCAUUUGUUCCCAGUCUUUUCGAUAAUCUGAUCUUCUGGAUACACGGGGAGGAAAAAAAAACAAAAACAAUAAACAAAUAAAAAAUACAGUAUCCAAAAGUACUGACUGGCAAUAAAACUAGUCAAUAAAAACGCAAUGAUUACUUACUAAUUGUUGAUGUGAAACUUUUGUUAAUAAUGUAAAGCUUUGUGAUAUGCAUGAAUAUAAUUUUUUUUAUAUAUGUAUCUUUAUUUUAUAAUUUUGAAAUAAUAUGAAUAAAAUGCUUCAUGAAUAUUUAAA